UGCUAGUGCUGUGGCCUGUGAGACUGUGAGCCCAUCACCACGAACCUUGACCUCCUUUAUCCGACGUCGUUCCGUGCGAUCGGAAUUCAGAUAGAUAUUUUGGCUGUCGUUUUUCUUGCUUCAUUACAAAUGAACUCGAGGCAAUCGCGAACAAGAAUCUGAGGUGCCUUGGCAGUGAAUACUGAUGAGAUAAUUACUUAUACCAUUUUCACGGGGAUAAACCUUGAAGAAUAUAUUUGAACAUUAUGGAAAGCUGCCUAAUUUUGCUUGCCUGAUUUCGCCUAAGAGAAUUCUGUACAACUACAUGGUGCACACAAAGUAGAGGUGAAGAGUCUGGCGACGACAAUGGAUUCUAAUUCCGUCGUGGGUAACACUAUUAUGGAGCCUCGUGAUGAUAUGGAAUUUGAUUCACAUGAAGAUGCUUAUUCGUAUUAUAAAGAAUAUGCCAAGUCUGUGGGGUUUGGUACUGCCAAAUUGAGCAGCCGUCGGUCCAGGGCAUCAAAGGAAUUUAUUGAUGCAAAGUUCUCGUGCAUAAGAUAUGGAAGUAAGCAACAGUCUGAUGAUGCAAUUAAUCCACGCCCUUCGCCAAAGAUUGGCUGUAAAGCUAGCAUGCAUGUGAAGCGGAAGCCCAAUGGGAAAUGGAAUAUAUAUAGUUUCAUCAAGGAGCAUAAUCAUGAGCUCUUACCUGCACAGGUGCACUUCUUUCGAAGCCACAGGAACCCCGAUCCACGGAAGAAUGAUGUUCGAAUGCGAAGACGGAAGAAUUUAGGUGCAGUUUCUAAAUUAUUCGGUGCAUAUCAAAAUGUAGAAUGUUUGGAGGGCUAUAUGAGGAAUCAGCAUGAUAGGGGUCGCAAAUUGCUUUUGGAUACUGGAGAUGCUCAAGUAUUGCUUGAACUUUUUAUGCAUAUGCAGGAAGAGAAUCCAAAAUUUUUCUAUGCAGUUGACUUUAAUGAAGAGCACCAAUUGAGAAACUUGUUCUGGGUUGAUGCAAAAGGCAUGGAGGAUUACAACAACUUCGGUGAUGUAGUUUGUUUUGACACUACAUAUUUCACAAACAAGUAUAAAAUCCCGUUAGUUCUCUUUAUUGGAGUGAAUCAUCAUAUUCAACCGACAUUGAUUGGUUGUGCUUUAAUUGCUGAUGAAACUGUUUAUACGUUCGUUUGGUUGAUACAAACAUGGUUUAUUGCAAUGGGGGAACGAGCUCCGCGGGUUAUACUCACUGAUCAAAACAAUGCCAUUAAAAGAGCUGUUGCAGCAGUCUUUCCGGAGACUCGACAUUGUUUCUGCUUGUGGCACAUAUUGGAAAUGAUCCCUAGGCAACUCGAGUACUUGAGUCUAUGGCAUGAUAGCUUCAUGGUAAAAUUUAACAAAUGUAUAUUUAAGUCAUGGACAGAGGAACAAUUUGAAAAGAGGUGGUGGAAAUUGCUUGACAAAUUUCAUCUUAGAGAGGUAGAAUGGAUUCACUCAUUGUAUGAAGACCGUAGAUGUUGGGUUCCUACUUUCAUGAGAGAUGUAUCUUUUGCUGGAUUGUCUACAACAUCACGCUCUGAAAGUUUGACGUCCGGGUUUGACAAAUAUGUGCAUGGGGGAACGUCGUUGAGAGAGUUCAUAGAACAAUACCAGGUAAUUCUUGAAGAUAGAUAUGAAGAGGAAGCCAAAGCAGAUUUCGAUGCUUGGCAUGAAACACCCGAGCUGAAAUCCCCAUCACCUUUUGAGAAACAAAUGUCACUUGUAUAUACACAUGAAAUUUUCAGGAAAUUUCAAGUUGAAGUUUUGGGAGCAUCUGCUUGUCAUCUUAAGAAAGAAAUUGAGGACGAGAUAUCCACAACUUAUAGUGUGAAGGACUUUGAAAACAAUCAGGAUUAUAUGGUGGAAUGGAAUGAAUCAAAGUCUGACAUUUAUUGUUCAUGCCGUCUUUUUGAAUAUAAAGGUUAUCUUUGCAGGCAUGCUAUUGUUGUUCUCCAAAUGUCUGGAGUUUUCAGCAUCCCAUCUAAAUAUGUAUUGCAACGAUGGACUAAUGCUGCUAUGAGCAGACAUGCCAUUGGUGAAAGAUUGGAUGAGGUGCAAUCUAAGGUCCAUCGUUAUAAUGAUUUAUGUCGACGAGCCAUAAUAUUGGGUGAAGAGGGCUCACUGUCUCAAGACAGUUACCAUAUGGCAGUUUGUGCAAUAAAGGAAGCUUUGAGGCAUUGUGCAAGUGUGAAUAACUCUCUUGAGAGUGAGUCCAGACCAACCACAUCAGAGCUUCAUGCCAUUUCUAUUGUCGAGGAAGAAAACCAAUUUAGCAACACAUUAAUACCUGAUCCUAAAUGGUCCAGUAAAAAUAAAGCUACAAAGCGAGCUGAGGGUCAGCAGAAGGAAGGCAAUGAAAAUGAUGCGACUAGAAGAGAAGAGGAAUCUCUGCUAGGAACUGUAGGUACUGUGGCUCAAGAUGGCUUUCACCAAAUGGAAACCUCUGAAAUGAGGCCUGUACAGUCGCCUAAUGUGAUGCCAGCCCAAUUUCACAAUAUGAUGCCGAUGAUAUUUCAUAAUGUCACUUCAGCUCAGUUUCAGAAUGUGCCUCCAACAAAUUUGCAUGGGAAUCGACCACCUCGUUAGCUUGACUUUCAACUACUUUUGUAAAAAAUUUGUAGACCUGAAACUGCUACAUGACCAUGGGAGAAGUACCUAACAAGUCGCAGGUUCUACCAUACUAGGUACAAGAAUGUCCAUUGCGCAGUUGUCAGAAUUUGGGAUCUUCACCCAAAGAAUCAACAGGUAAACGCCUAUCAUCGUUUUACUUGUAUUCGAGGUUCUAGAAGUUUACAGCGAUGAUCUUUUGUUCUCUUUCUCAUAUUGGGUUGCUAAUCUUGUUUUAGCCUUUAAAACAGAAAGAGGUUGGUUUAAUUUGCAUAUGAAUUAGGAAAGAACAGCAUACCAUUUUGUGUU